UUGACUCCAAGUGGAAUUUCCUGAGGAGGAACAGACCUUGCCUUGGGGAUGUGUUUUGUACUCUCCUGCAUGGUAAACUGCUCCUGCAGUUUCCAGGUGGAUGACAACGGCUGAUACCCCUGAUCAUCACAGGGUAACCUGCACUCAGAGUUCUGCACAUUAUUCUGGUGCAGCAAAGAGCCUGGGGAACCGGGGGAAAUGAGCUCUUGGGGGAAAAGCUGCAAAAAAAGACCUUUGUAACAUUGAUCUGACCCAGCCAAAGUCAGUGCUGCUGUUUCUUCCAUUACUGAGCUCUUGCAGUGUGUUUCUGCUGCCUUUGCUUUGUGUAUGCUUGGGUCUGGCAGUGAGUCCCAUGCCCUGGACACUCUGGAGCUUUUUGAGGAGUAAAUGCUGUGUGGUGGAUCUUUAAUGUGAGCUCUCUUUAUGCCAUGAAUACAAUUCCCUUGCCUUUCCCUUUUUCUCCUGGGUCCAGUCUCUGUACCAGUAGGGAUCAGAAUUAGGGGCUGGAGCCAUCCGGUGUGUUUGUAUUUGCCCAACCAGGGUUUUAUCUGUGCUGAUGAACUCCACUGGUUGGAAACUUGCUUCCAUUGGUUGGAAACUUGCUUCCCCUGGUUUCAAUUCCAUCCUCAAAAAUGGCCUAAAAUGCUUGUCCUGCAGCUUGUCCCUCUGCUCCUUAAAUCCCUCUUAAUGCUUCCCUUGUGCUUGCAUUUUGUUGUCCCCACCAUGGUUCUGCUGAGGUCAGACUUCCCUUUUGUUUUCUUUCCCUUCUACCUUCCGCUAACGAGACGUUUUUAUGAUUCUUCAGCGUUUUGGGUGCUUUUGUGGAGUGCAGGUUAAAAGUACAGGCUGUUAAUGCAACAAAGGCUGCAGUGCUGUCUGCAAAUGCCUGGGGUGAGCAAACUGGGACAUCUCCCAGCACAUCCCUCCCUCCCUGUCCCGCUAAUCCCUGCGCAGGCUCUGGCCCCUCACUGCUGUGUUUGUUCCCAGAGUUUGCCAGGACUGUGGCAUUGGGAAAGGGGGUGGCUGGGCUGGAUUUCUGCCCUUCCCCAGGCAGUGGAGUGUCCGGUGCACUUUGAUCCCUGGAGGGAGGCUUGGCAGAGGCAGCCGGUGCUCUGCCCGAGCUGGGAACGGGCUCUGCAGCACCCCUUGCUGCCUUCCCAGGGUGGGAGUGUGCAGGUCAGGAUGAGGCCUCUGCUCUGGGCUGCCUGCAGCCAGCUGCUGCCUUGGAGAGCUGGGCUCUGCUCUCCCAAACCAGCUGUGACCGCUAUGGUGACCGCCUCACACCACAGCCUGCGGCCCCCGGCCCUUCUGGCCACCUCCAGCUCUGCAGCCAGUGCGCCUGCAGGCUUCCUCCAGGCCCUGGUCCCAGGGAGCAGAGCCCCCAGCUGCUGGAGCUCACAGUUCAACGUGCCCCCCAGUGCCCUGCUCGUGGCCAGGCCCGUGGGGGUCUGCUCCAUGAUGAGGCUUCCCGUGCAGGCGUCAGCGGAGGGGCUGGACGUGGUGUUUGUCGGUGUUCCGCUGGACACGGGCACGUCCAACCGGCCAGGAGCCAGGUUCGGCCCGCGCCAGAUCCGCGCCGAGUCCGCCAUGGUGCGGAGGUACAACGGCAGCACCGGCGCGGCACCAUUCGACUCCCUGCGGGUGGCCGACAUCGGGGACGUGAACGUGAACCUCUACAACCUGCCCGACAGCUGCCGCCUCAUCCGCGAGUCCUACCAGGAGAUCGUGGCCUCGGGCUGCGUGCCCCUCACCUUGGGUGGAGAUCACACCAUAACAUAUCCAAUCCUGCAGGCCCUGGCAGCAAAGCACGGUCCCCUGGGGCUGGUGCACGUGGAUGCCCACACGGACACCGGAGACACGGCUCUGGGGGAGCGCAUCUACCACGGGAGCCCGUUCCGGCGCUGCGUGGAGGAACGGCUGCUGGACCGCGGCCGCGUGGUGCAGAUCGGCAUCCGAGGCUCUUCCUACGACCCUGAUCCUCACAAAUACAGCCGGGAGCAGGGGUUCCGGGUGGUCCCGGUUGAGGAGUGCUGGAUGAAAUCCCUGGAGCCUCUGAUGAGGGAGGUGAGGGCACAGAUGGGGGACAAGCCCAUUUACAUCAGCUUCGAUAUCGACGGGCUGGACCCCGCCUACGCCCCGGGCACCGGCACCCCGGAGAUAGCCGGGCUCACACCUGCGCAGGCUUUGGAGAUUAUUCGUGGCUGCAAAGGCCUGAACAUAGUGGGGUGUGACCUUGUGGAAGUGGCACCAAUGUACGAUGUCUCUGGCAAUACAGCUCUCCUGGGGGCAAAUCUACUGUUUGAGAUGCUGUGUGUCCUCCCAGGAGUGAAGACGCUGUGAGGGCAAUUCCCACCUGCCCUGGGGCAAUGCUACUCCGUGUCCUCAGCCAGGCUUUCCAUGUCCCCUUCCUUCAGCCAGCAUGGGCUUUGCACCGUGAAAUAAAUGCCAUUUCCCACUAGAAAAGGUACUUUUAGGCUGGGAAAAUGUAGGGAACAGGCUAGACACCCCUUUUAACUGGGGUCUGGAGCUUUGGAGUUGGCCUGGGAAAGGGACAGAUGAGGCUAAUGCCAUUUUGCCUCUGGAAUGAUUCACUCAGCUCACAGGGCUCCGGGGGAAACUGUCACUGAUAAAAGGUUUGUCCCAUUAGGAUGUCACAGCAGGACAAUGAAUGUAGAAGAAGGGACAUGAAGGAGGCCUGAGCCUCCUGCUGAGUAGGGAGAUAUUUGACUGGAUUUCCUGCUGGUGGAAUAAUCAGAAGUUUCCUAUGGAAGGAACAGUUUAAUGCUCCUGAAAUUUCUGAGAGGACAUGGAGGUGAGGUUAGUUUGUACAUGGAGACACAGAGCCACCUCAUCACACAUUAAAAUAGUUUAUUUUGGUUGCGAA